UAAAACUCCUUAAACGGUUAGGAAGAGAAUUUUCUUUAAGUUUCUAUAAUGCUUUCCGGAUUUCGUUCUUCCCUCAAACCCGCCCGCUACGACCGUGACAUGCAUUGUCUUGCCUUUUGUCACGGACAUUGAUAAACUGCAAGCAGAUCGUAGUUAGUUAGUUAUGGCGUCUUUUCGACUCUAUCCCUAUAGCCUUGUUUUGGAUACGAUCUUGACAAGGAUGAGUGACUGAGCGCUUAGUUACGAAUACCUCCUAUUGAUGACGUAUGACACGAAUGACGUCAAACAUUAAAUAAUCUUAUGCUACUGCCAGGCUAACGUUUCAGAAGGCAGUUCCGACUCAUUCAGCAGCUGAGUUGCACUGGCAUUCUCAUGAGUCAAUAUGGAAUAUACUGUGGUAUCCAACACAUCCUUGGUUACCUCUCCACUACAUUCUUCCAUAACUUUCUCUAUUUCCAGUGGCAACCUGCUAAGGUCAUCAGCAUCACGGUUGCCUCGCCCAGGUGUUUCAUCGGUACUAGCAUGAAGUUUACUACUUUUGACAUCUUCCAGGCAUUGAUGCUAAUAUUAGACAUUCAUUUUGUUUACAGUUUCACUAUUUCUGUACCCAAGCGGGUGGGACUUCUAGGAAGAAACAAUGUGUCUAUAGAGUGUGUCUAUUUCGUGUCAGACGAAGAUGAGUUGUCUGGUAUUGGUUGGAGCAGGAAGCGAAGCAGCGAACGUAAUUUUGUUGACAUUGCAGGCAAAGACGUUAAGAAAGGUUGGAUGGGGUACGUAGAUGGGGAGGGUACUUUACUGCAGAACCGAACGGUGUUGAAGUUCGGUUCGGGUAAGUUCAUCAUCAUAUACAUGGAGAUUAGGCGCGAGGAUGAAGCUACAUACAGAUGUACUGUGAACUACUUCGUCAACGGUUCGUUCCAUAACAAGACUGGAGAAAUGCUUUUUGAAGUAAAAGUUCCUUGCAACCUAAAGUGUGAAAAUUACGGAAGUCCUAACGAUGUCUGCGACAAGUGCAACUGUGUUGGAAAUUGGAAAGGAAGUAUAUGUCGAGAAUGUGGACUAACUUGUUUGAAUGGUGGUACACCGCUUGCAACGUGCUCUGGAUGCGUAUGCCGUUCAGGAUUCGAAGGAGCCAUAUGCGGCGAGUCUGGUAAGUACAAAUAUAAUAUUGUUUUAUUGUUCAUCAACAAAGAGUAAUCCAACCAAUCAGGCUGCUUAUUUAGCAUGAUUUUGUCCUGUAAAUCGCAGAUUGUAGGUCAGAAGUAUAAGUUUAAGAGACUGAAUCACAAAAUGUUUAUAUUGAAUUGUGUUUAUGAUACUGGGGGAACCUAAACAAAAAUUCCUCAAUUCAAGUUAA